UUAAGUGCGCUGAUGUCAUUUUCAAAACUUAACCAACCCUCCAAAACUCCACACUGCUGAGUUCCUCUCCGUCUUUUAACCUGGAAACUACCCAUUUUCUGGAAGGCGGAGGACAUUAACAACACAAAUACUUUUGGGAGGCGAACUCGUAAAAUCAAGGAAUCUAAAUCGUCUUUAUUGGAAGGACUUAACUGCUGAGAACCUCGCCGACUGGAGCCCAUUUUUUCCGAGGGCAUUAUUUUUCUUCUUUUUUUUUGUUUUAAAGCUCAAUUCCCAGAAUGAACCGGAGCUUUAGCCGACCGCAACCCCUGCAAAACGUGGAGGUGAAAAGCAAGUAUGGGGCAGAAUUUCGCCGCUUCUCAGUGGACCGGCUCAAGCCCGGAAAGUUCGAGGAGUUCUACAAGCUCAUCCUUCACGUCCACCGCAUUGCCAACAUGGAAGUGAUGAUCGGGUAUGCCGACGUCCACGGCGACCUGCUGCCCAUCAACAACGACGACAACUUCUGCAAGGCUGUGUCGACUGCACACCCCCUGCUUAGGGUUUUCAUCCAGAGACAAGAGGUGGACUACGGAAGCUUUGACACCAACACCCUCACACGCAGAAAGAAGGCAGCGGUCACCCUACGCAACAAUGACAUCAACCGCAAGAGGCCGCUCAUCCGCAUCAGCAGGCCACACGACUUCCGGCCCGUCUCCUCCAUCAUCGACGUCGACAUCCUGCCUGAAUCCCACCGCCGCGUUCGCCUCUACCGCCACGGCUCGGACAAACCGUUGGGCUUUUACAUCCGCGACGGAACCAGCGUCCGCGUGACGUCCCACGGCUUAGAAAAAGUGCCGGGAAUCUUCAUAUCCCGGCUAGUUCCUGGCGGCUUGGCGGAGAGCACCGGGCUGCUGGCGGUCAACGACGAGGUCCUGGAGGUGAACGGCAUCGAGGUGAGCGGUAAGUCGUUGGAUCAAGUCACCGACAUGAUGAUCGCCAACAGCCACAACCUUAUUGUGACCGUCAAGCCCGUCAACCAGCGUAACAACGUCGUGCGCGGCAGCCGCAUCUCCGGCAGCUCGGGACAGUCGUCGGACAGCAGCGGGUCCACCGGAUACCCAACGUUGUCAGCGCCCCCCGCGGGCAUGGCACCAUCCGGCGCUCACGGCUACCAAGACGACUUGGAGAGCGACGAGGAGACUGAUAUUGUCAUAGAGAGCAGCCUGAAGCGUCCAACACGGAGGUCCAACGCUUCCUUGGCGUCCAGCGUGGCUCGCUUACAACAGCAGGCGCCCACCACAGCCGCUUCGGGUCCAGCGGCGCCGCCAAGCCCCCCGUCACGUCCCCUUUCAGUGGUGUCCACUGCUUCCUAUCAUUCCCACACUAGCCUCAACGGGGGGUCCCUCCACCACCAACAAAGCACCCUAAGUUACCAGCUUCUCAGAGACCUCAACCUCCAGCAAAGUCAGCCCAGCUCACAGAUGUCUUACCACAGCAGCGACCCCGCCCUCCGCCGCAGCAACGUAAGUCUGCACAAAAUCCUCACCUCCCUUCAAACGGACCAGCGAAACAGCCUGGCCCUGCCCAGGGGCGGGGUGGAGGAGGAUGGCACGGUCAUCACGCUAUAAUACUCACAUACCGGCACAAAGGAGUUGGACACGAGAUCACGUGCAUACAAAUUUGGUUUUAUCCCCCCCGCCUAUGAUAAUAACAAGAAGAAUGGAGGAGCAUCUUUUGUACUGUAUAUACUUCCAGGACUUUUCAGUGUAUCUUGUCUUGCGUCCAAUUAUGUAUGUAUGUAAUGAUGCAUCAGAACAAACAACUGUCUCUACUGUAUGCUGUAUUUUUUUAAGUGACCACUUUUUAUCAAGAGUUUUCUCAUUCUUAAUACUGGGACCAAACUGGGUAAAUUUAUAUUUCUUAUAUCUGGAUAUAGCAUAUGGUUUUUAAUUGUUUCUUUGUUUGUUGAUGAUCACGCCCUUGUAUCUGUUCCAAUAAAUUAUUCUAAGUUCCA